UUCCCCCCAAAUUUUAUUUUUAAAUUUUCCAAACCAGAAAAGUUAAAAGUAUAAAGAACACCCAGCCACCUUUGUCCACGUUCAUCAAUUAUCAACAACACAUUGCCAUCUUGGCUUUAUACGGACUUAUUUUUCCAAACCAUUUGAAACUAAGUUGAUAAUGUCUUGCCUCUCCAUCCCUAAAAUGAAUCACCUGUGAACAAGGACGUUUUUUCCACAUCACAACAACAAUAAAUCAACCCCAGGGGGAUGGGGGUCACGGUGUAUGACACAUCUCUUGGGAGCAGGACACAAGUAUAAGAGGGACUUUAACAAAUGCAACCAAUGUAACCUAAUUCUUUGGGCCCUCAAUGAGUUUCAAACAAUAAAAAAAGAGAAAAAAAUAAUAAUCAACCCCAUUCAAGAUCUAAUCAAGAAUUAUACACUGAAUUUAGUUUUUAUAUCUUUAAUUUCUUUUCACUAUCAGAAAUGUGCAUGAAAUUGGAUCUGAUAUAAUUUAAAACAAUUUUAUGUCUUCAGAAACUAAAGAAAAAUUACAGUGAGCUAUGAUUGCUCCACUGAACUGCAGCCUGGGUGACAGAGCAAGAACCUGUAAAAAAAAAAAAAGAAAAAAUACAGACUCUGAGCUGAGAAAUAUGAAGGUGAGAGGCUAUAAAAAAAAAAAAAAGAAAGAAAGAAAAAAUAAGUUACAGAAGAAUAUCUACAAUAUAAUUCCAUUUAUGUUAAGAUUCAAGAAAUAAAGCAUGUAAAAAUAAAGCAAUUGGUCAAAUAAGCCUUAACUGUUACUGUAUAAUUUGUACUUUGUAAUAUCUGGUAGUUGCACGGUUCGUUAAGCUUCAGGCUAACAGAAAAUUAAGCAUUAACUAUGGUGCCAAGUUAAAAAAAAUCUGCAAUACCAAAACCUUCAGGAUUCAUCUACUAAAUUUUAGUAACUAUCCAUGUAGGAAAUUAGAGAGAUAAUUUUAGGCCAUCUUUAAAAUGCCAUUGGUAAAUUGUACCUUAUCCUAAAACUCCUGUACUUCCUCGGGCCAUCUGAGCAUGAAAUACUGUCACCCACCCAGGUCUGCUGGCUGCAGCAGUUGUCACAGUGUUACCCGACUGCUGCAUGCCUAGACCACCCAAGUGUUCUGGACUGAACGGCGCCACCGGAGAAGGCUCAGCGACAUGUCCAGGGCACAGAUCUCGGCUCUGGUGUGUGGUGUCGGAGGAUUUGGAGCUCUCGUUGCUGCCACGGUGUCCAACGAGUGGAAGGUGACCACCCGCGCAUCUUCGGUGAUAACCGCCACUUGGGUUUAUCAGGGACUGUGGAUGAACUGCGCAGGUAACGCCUUGGGUUCUUUCCAUUGCCGACCGCACUUUACUAUCUUCAAAGUAGCAGGUUAUAUCCAGGCAUGUAGAGGACUUAUGAUCGCUGCUGUCAGCCUGGGCUUCUUUGCUGCCAUAUUUGCACUCUUUGGAAUGAAGUGUACCAAAGUCGGAGGCUCGGAUAAAGCCAAAGCUAAAAUUGCUUGUUUGGCCGGGAUUGUGUUCAUACUGUCAGGGCUGUGCUCAAUGACUGGCUGUUCACUGUAUGCAAACAAAAUCACCACGGAAUUCUUUGAUCCACUCUUUGUUGAGCAGAAAUAUGAAUUAGGAGCUGCUCUGUUUAUUGGCUGGGCAGGAGCCUCACUCUGCAUAAUUGGUGGUGUCAUAUUCUGCUUUUCAAUAUCUGACAACAACAAAACACCCAGAAUGGGGUACGCAUACAAUGGGGCCACAUCUGCCAUGUCUUCUCGGACAAAGUAUCACGGCGGAGAGGGAGAUUUUAAAGCCACAAACCCUUCAAAACAGUUUGACAAAAAUGCUUACGUCUAAAAGAGCUCUUGGCUGGCAAGCUGUAACUUGGGUUUGUUGUGAAAGUGAACUGUUCACAAAUUGAGCCCAUCAAGGCCCUGCUUUAAUACUCCAACUAUUUUUGAAAUAUGAAUUUGAUUGUAUGGAUGUAAAGGUUCUUACAUAGUUGUAUACUAAUCAUUUUCUGUUGUGGCUUUCUAUAAAAAAUAAAAUGGUUAUUUACAGGA